AUGACUGAGCCGGUUCAAUGGGCCAGAUACCACUGGCAGCGGCUGAUGGGCAGUCCCAACAGGGAGGAGGAUGAGAGGCCGUACAGCUAUUCCUCGCUGCUUGCCUGCGGAAGCAAGUCCUCUCAGACCCCGAGACUGGCAGGAAGGCACCGGGUGGUUGUUCCCCACCUCCAGCCCUUCAAGGAAGAGUAUGAAAAGUUCUCUGGGACCUACGUGAAUAACCGAAUACGAACGACGAAGUACACGCUUCUGAAUUUUGUGCCAAGAAAUUUAUUUGAACAAUUUCACAGAGCCGCCAAUUUAUAUUUCCUGUUUCUAGUCGUCCUGAACUGGGUGCCUUUGGUAGAGGCCUUCCAAAAGGAAAUUACGAUGCUGCCUCUGGUGCUGGUCCUUACCAUCAUCGCAAUUAAAGAUGGCUUGGAAGAUUACCGAAAAUACAAAAUUGACAAGCAGAUCAACAACUUAUUAACCAAAGUUUACAGUAGGAAAGAGAAAAAAUACCUUGAUUGCUGCUGGAAAGAUGUUACUGUUGGGGAUUUUAUUCGCCUUUCCUGUAACGAGGUCAUUCCUGCAGAUAUGGUCUUACUCUUUUCCACCGAUCCAGAUGGGAUCUGUCAUAUUGAGACUUCUGGGCUUGACGGAGAGAGCAAUUUAAAACAGAGGCAGGUGGUUCGGGGAUACGCAGAGCAGGACUCUGAAGUUGAUCCUGAGAAAUUCUCCAGUAGGAUAGAAUGUGAAAGUCCAAACAAUGACCUCAACAGAUUCCGAGGCUUCCUGGAACAUUCCAACAAAGAACGCGUGGGUCUUGGGAAAGAAAAUCUAUUGCUCAGAGGAUGCACCAUUAGAAACACAGAGGCCAUUGUGGGCAUUGUGGUUUAUGCAGGCCAUGAAACCAAAGCCAUGCUGAACAACAGCGGCCCCAGGUACAAGCGCAGCAAAUUAGAAAGAAGAGCAAACACAGAUGUCCUCUGGUGUGUUCUGCUUUUGGUGAUAAUGUGUUUAACCGGCGCACUGGGUCAUGGAAUCUGGUUGAGUAGAUAUGAAAACAUACCCCUUUUCCAAAUCCCUGAGCCUGAUGGGCAUGUCAUAUCACCAGUGUUGGCAGGAUUCUACAUGUUUUGGACCAUGAUCAUUUUGUUACAGGUCUUGAUUCCCAUUUCCCUCUAUGUUUCCAUUGAAGUCGUGAAGCUUGGACAAAUAUAUUUUAUUCAAAGUGAUGUGGAUUUCUACAAUGAGAAAAUGGAUUCUACUAUCCAGUGCCGAGCCCUGAACAUCACGGAGGAUCUAGGACAGAUUCAGUACCUCUUUUCUGAUAAGACAGGAACCCUCACUGAGAAUAAGAUGGUUUUUCGAAGAUGUAGUGUGGCAGGCUUUGAUUACGGUCAUGAAGAAAAUGCCAAGCGGUUAGAGUCCUAUCAGGAAACUGCCUCUGAAGAUGAGGAUCUUGCAGACACUCCCAGUGGCUCCCUUGGCAAUAUGGCGAAACCGAGGGUCCCCAACUGCAGGAUGGCUCCUAACGGGCCUUUGCGAAGUAAAUCCUCAAGUCAUCUUGCUGGGAGCUGUUCUGCUCUAGCAAGUGGAGAAGGAUCUGGCGAAACGCCUCAUUCCAGACAGGCUGCUUUCAGUAGCCCCAUCGAAACAGAUGUGGUGCCAGACACCAGGCUUUUGGACAAAUUUAGUCAGAUUACACCUCAGCUCUUUGGCCCCCUGGAUGAGACCAUCCCAGAUCCACCACAGGAGAGUCUGUGCAUCAUUGACUUCUUCAUUGCUUUGGCAAUUUGCAACACAGUAGUGGUUUCUGCUCCUAACCGACCACGACAAAAGAUCCGACUCUCUUCACUAAGUGGGAUGCCCAUUAAGUCUUUGGAGGAGAUUAGAAACCUUUUCCAGAGACUGUCCGUCCGAAGAUCGAGCUCACCAUCUCUCGCCAGUGGGAAGGAGCCAUCUCCUGGGGCCCCGACCGCCUUUGUGAGCAGACUCGCCCUCUUCAGCCGAGUGAAACCGGCCUCCCCUGCGGAAGGAGAGGCCUCCCAGACAGCGGGGAGCCCGCCGGGGCCUGGCAGCUCCGCUUGCCCCACGGAAACAGAGAGACAAAACGGUGAUGCGGGCAUCACCCACGGCCAGGCGGACGCCCUCCCCGGACAGCCCUUGACCUCCAGUCUGUGCUACGAGGCGGAGAGCCCGGAUGAGGCGGCCUUAGUGUAUGCCGCCAGGGCUUACCAAUGCACUUUGCAGUCCCGGACCCCGGAGCAGGUCAUGGUGGACUUCGCUGCUCUGGGCCCGUUAACAUUUCAACUCCUACACAUCCUGCCCUUCGACUCAGUGAGGAAAAGAAUGUCCGUUGUGGUCCGGCACCCGCUUUCUCACCAAGUUGUGGUGUAUACAAAGGGUGCCGACUCUGUGAUCAUGGAAUUGCUCUCCGUGGCUUCCCCAGAUGGAGCAAGUCUGACCAAACAACAGGUGAUGAUAAGGGAGAAAACCCAGAAACACUUGGAUGACUAUGCCAAACGAGGCCUACGCACUUUAUGUAUAGCCAAGAAGGUCAUGAGUGACACUGAAUAUGAAGAGUGGCUGAGGAACCAUUUUUUAGCUGAAGCCAGCAUUGACAACAGGGAAGAAUUACUGCUUGAAUCUGCCAUGAGGUUGGAGAACAAACUGACUUUACUUGGUGCCACUGGCAUUGAAGACCGUCUGCAGGAGGGAGUCCCCGAGGCCAUCGAAGCCCUUCACAAAGCCGGCAUCAAGAUCUGGAUGCUGACAGGGGACAAGCAGGAGACGGCUGUCAACAUCGCCUACGCGUGCAAACUGCUGGAGCCGGAUGACAAGCUCUUUAUCCUCAACACCCAGAGUAAAGAUGCCUGUGAGGUGCUGAUGGGCACAAUUUUGAAAGAACUCCAGAAGAAGAAUCCAGUCUCUCCAGAGAAAGCAUGUUUAAGUGAGGAUGUACCCUACCAGCCUUCUGCCCCCCGGGCCUCGGGGCUGCGGGCUGGGCUCGUGGUCACCGGGAAGGCGCUGGAGUUCGCCCUGCAGGAGAGCCUGCAGAGGCAGUUCCUGGAGCUGACUGCUUGCUGCCAGGCCGUGGUCUGCUGCAGAGCCACACCCCUGCAGAAAAGCGAGGUGGUGAAACUGGUGCGCAACCAUCUCCGGGUGAUGACCCUGGCCAUUGGUGAUGGUGCCAAUGACGUUAGCAUGAUUCAAGUGGCAGACAUUGGGAUUGGGAUCUCAGGUCAAGAAGGCAUGCAGGCUGUGAUGGCCAGCGACUUUGCCAUUUCUCAGUUUAAACAUCUCAGCAAGCUCCUCCUUGUCCAUGGGCACUGGUGUUACACACGACUGUCCAACAUGAUCCUCUACUUUUUCUACAAGAAUGUGGCCUAUGUGAACCUCCUUUUCUGGUACCAGUUCUUUUGUGGGUUUUCAGGAACAUCCAUGACUGACUAUUGGGUUUUGAUCUUCUUCAACCUCCUUUUCACAUCCGCCCCUCCCAUCAUCUACGGCGUUUUGGAGAAAGACGUGUCUGCGGAGACCCUCAUGCAGCUGCCCGAACUUUACCAGAGCGGCCAGGCAUCAGAGGCAUACUUACCCCUCACCUUCUGGAUCACCUUGUUGGAUGCCUUUUAUCAAAGCCUGGUCUGCUUCUUUGUGCCUUACUAUACCUACCAGGGCUCAGACAUUGACAUCUUUACGUUUGGAAACCCCCUGAACACAGCUGCUCUGUUCAUCAUUCUCCUCCAUCUGGUCAUUGAAAGCAAGAGUUUGACGUGGGUCCACGUGCUGGUCAUCGUUGGGAGCAUCCUGUCUUACUUCUUCUUCACCUUGGCGUUUGGAGCCAUGUGUGUCACCUGCAACCCCCCCUCCAACCCGUACUGGAUCAUGCAGGAGCACCUGCUGGACCCCGUCUUCUACUUCGUCUGUGUCCUCACCGUCUGCGUGGCUCUUCUCCCCAGGUUUAUAUACCGAGUUCUUCAGGGAUCCCUGUUUCCGUCGCCACUCCUGAGGGCUAAGCACUUGGACAGACUGACUCCAGAGGAGAGGACUGAAGCGCUCAAGAAGUGGAGAGGGGCUGGGAAGAUGGGUCAAGCAACGUCUACGUGUGCUGACCACUCAGCUGCCACGUCAGAGGGAGGAGCCAUGAGUGGGCCUUCUGUCGCCUUUGCCAUGAUGUCAGCCACUUCCUGUGCUGUUGAGCAAGGAAAUGAACAUGAAACUGCCUUGGACUCAGACCAUUGUGAAAUGGAGACCUCAUGGGUGGCUGGACCCUCAAACGGUUAA